GGUUUAACCCCUCUGCAUUGUGGCGCACGCAGUGGACAUGAGCAGGUUGUUGAGAUGCUGCUGGACAGGGGAGCUCCCAUCUUGUCCAAAACGAAAAACGGUCUGUCUCCGCUGCACAUGGCAACCCAAGGGGAUCACCUGAACUGUGUCCAGCUGCUCCUUCACCACAAUGCUCCCGUGGAUGAUGUCACCAACGAUUACCUGACGGCACUGCACGUGGCCGCUCACUGCGGACAUUACAAAGUGGCCAAAGUCAUCGUGGAUAAGAAAGCCAACCCCAACGCUAAAGCCCUGAACGGUUUCACACCUCUUCAUAUUGCCUGUAAGAAGAACCGAAUGAAGGUGAUGGAACUGCUGCUGAAACACGGGGCAUCACUGCAGGCAGUCACUGAGUCGGGAUUGACGCCCAUCCAUGUUGCUGCAUUUAUGGGUCAUGAGAACAUAGUGAAACAGCUCACGCAUCAUGGAGCCUCACCCAACACCACCAACGUGAGAGGUGAAACAGCAUUGCACAUGGCAGCAAGAGCCGGCCAGGCUGAUGUUGUCAGAUACCUGCUACAGAAUGGUGCUAAAGUGGACAUCAAAGCCAAGGAUGAGCAAACAGCCCUGCAUAUUGCUAGCCGCCUGGGAAAAUUGGAGAUUGUGCAGCAGUUGCUGCAGAAGGGGGCGUUACCCAAUGCUGCCACCACCUCUGGCUACACCCCUCUCCACCUCGCUGCCCGUGAGGGUCAUCAGGAGAUAGCAGCACUCCUGCUGGAGCAGGGAACAUCCCUCUCUGCAGCAACUAAGAAAGGAUUCACUCCCCUGCACGUGGCUGCAAAGUAUGGGCAGUUGGAAGUAGCGAAUCUUUUGCUGCAGAAGAAAGCUGUGCCGGAUGCAGCAGGAAAGACUGGGUUAACACCGCUGCAUGUGGCUGCUCACUAUGAUAAUCAGAGAGUGGCUCUGUUACUGCUGGACCAGGGAGCAUCUCCUCAUUCUGCUGCAAAGAAUGGCUACACACCUCUUCAUAUCGCAGCUAAGAAGAAUCAGUUGGAGAUUGGGACAACAUUGCUGGAAUAUGGGGCGGAGUGUAACACAGUGACCCGUCAGGGCAUCAGCCCCCUCCACCUCGCUGCACAGGAGGGCAGUGUGGACCUCGUGUCCCUGCUGCUCACCAAACAGGCUAAUGUUAAUAUGGGCAAUAAGAACGGUCUCACGCCUCUGCACAUGGCUGCACAGGAUGACAGGUCAGGCGUUGUUGAAGUGCUGUUGAACCAAGGAGCAGAAAUUGAUGCCCAAACCAAGAGUGGUUACACUCCGUUGCAUGUGGCUUGCCACUAUGGCAACAUAAAGAUGGCCAACUUCCUGUUAGAGAAUCAGGCCAAGCCUAAUGCUAAAACAAAGAACGGUUAUACACCUCUACACCAAGCAGCGCAGCAAGGCCACACCCACAUCAUUAAUAUGCUACUUCAAUAUGGAGCUUCGCCCAAUGAGCUCACAGUGAAUGGGAACACAGCUCUCUCCAUCGCUCGACGACUGGGGUACAUCUCCGUAGUGGACACGCUGAGAGGAGUUACAGAUGAAAACCUCACUGCCACGCCUGUAACUGAGAAACACAAGAUCAAUGUCCCGGAGACCAUGAAUGAGUUCCUCGACAUGUCUGAUGAUGAAGCUAUGAAAAAUCAUGAAGCUCAGGCUGAUGGGGAAGAAGGUGAAGAUGCAAUGACCGGCGAGACUGAGAAGUAUCUUCGGCCACAGGACCUGAGGGAGUUGGGGGAUGACUCCCUGCCGCAGGAGGGGUACUUGGGUUUCAGUAUUGGAGCCCGCUCUGCCAGCCCCAGGAUAAGUCUGCGCUCCUUCAGCUCAGACAGGUCCAACACUCUGAACAGAAGCUCCUUCGCUCGGGACAGCAUGAUGAUUGAAGAGAUGCUGGCGCCCACCAAAGACACGGGUGUAUUUAAAGAUAUUUCCUACAUGGUGGACUCUCAGAAUAAGCAUCUUGCAGUGACUCGUGAAUACAACAGCGAGUGUAUGCGGCGGUACAGUUGGACCCCUGAUACAGUGGACCACUCACAUAACACUGUCUGCAGUCCUUUGCAUUCUGGCCCUUCCUCCCCGCUUCCUCAGUAUGACUCCAGAUUCCUAGUGAGUUUCAUGGUGGACGCUCGGGGUGGGUCAAUGAGAGGAAGUCGUCAUGAUGGGAUGCGUAUAAUCAUUCCACCCAGGAAGUGUCCAGCACCGACGCGAAUCACCUGCCGCCUAGCAAAGAGGCACCGCCUGGCGUACCCACCCCCUAUGGUGGAGGGAGAGGGUCUUGUGAGCAGGCUUGUGGAGAUGGGGCCAGCCGGGGCACAGUUUUUGGGGCCUGUGAUAGUUGAAAUUCCUCAUUUCGGCUCCAUGCGGGGAAAGGAGAGGGAGCUGAUCGUCCUACGCAGUGAUAAUGGAGAAACCUGGAAAGAACAUCAUUAUGACUGUAAAGUGACAGAGCUCAUCUCGAUCCUCAAUGGCAUGGAUGAGGAGAUGGACAGCCCAGCAGAGCUGGAGAAAAAACGUAUUUGCCGCAUCAUCACAAAAGAUUUCCCACAGUACUUUGCGGUGGUGUCACGCAUCAAACAAGAAAGUGAUUACAUGGGACCAGAGGGCGGAGUCCUGAGCAGUGAGGCAGUUACCAUGGUGAAGGCUGCCUUUCCUCAGGGAGCGCUUACGAAGAAGAUUCGUGUUGGACUACAGGCUCAGCCUGUGCCAGAAGACAUUGUGCGGACUAUCACUAGUAACCGUGCAUCCUUCAGCCCGAUUGUAACCGUGGAGCCCAGAAGGAGGAAAUUCCACAAGCCCAUCACAAUGACAAUCCCUGUGCCGCCCAGAGCCAAAGAGGCUGUUGCUAAUGGACGCAAAGGAGAACCUGCCCCCUGCCUUAGACUGCUCUGUAGCAUUACAGGUGGAACAUCCCCUGCACAGUGGGAAGACAUCACUGGGACCACUCCACUCUCCUUUGUUACAGACUGUGUUUCCUUCACCACAAAUGUGUCUGCCAGAUUUUGGUUGGCAGACUGUCAGCAGAUCAGCGAGACUGUGGGUUUAGCAUCUCAGCUGUACAGAGAGCUGAUCUGUGUUCCGUACCUGGCCAAGUUUGUGGUGUUUGCUAAAAUGAUUGACCCCAUAGAGACCCGCUUGCGUUGCUUCUGCAUGACUGACGACAAAGUCGACAAAACUCUGGAGCAGCAGGAGAACUUUGAGGAGGUGGCAAGGAGCAAAGACAUUGAGAUUUUGGAGGGUAAGCCCAUUCAUGUUGAAUGCUAUGGCAACAUCACUCCUCUGGCAAAGAGUGGUCAGCAACUCGUCUUCAACUUCUAUGCCUUCAAAGAGAACCGACUUCCAUUCAAUGUCAAGGUCAGAGAUAUGGGCCAAGAGCCAUGUGGGAGAAUCUCAUUCCUCAGAGAACCAAAAAUCGCAAAAGGCCUGCCACAGAGUGCAAUCUGCAACCUUAACUUUUCACUGCCAACACACAGGAAGGAAAUGGAGUCGGAUCCUGAUGAUGAGAAUGACAAAGAUCGACGACAUACCUUUGCUUCAUUAGCAUUGCGAAAGCGCUACAGCUAUCUGGCCGAUCCAGCAUCCAAAACAGCUGAAAGAGGCCAUAACACCACUCCAAAAACCACGCCGCAGCCUUCUGGCUACGCUUACAAGCCUAUCUUUACGACGCGCUCCUACCAGGCCUGGGCAACUAGCUCCCCCAUCAACGUCCCCAGCCAGACCAAGUCUGGAUUUGGCUCCCUCUCCAGCUCCUCAUCCAACACCCCCUCAGCCUCCCCACUGAGAUCGGUGUGGUCUGUGAACUCUGCUUCUCCUAUCAAAUCCAUUAUUGGAGGUUCACCAGCAUCUUCCAUCAAAUCUGCCAGUGACGUUGCAUCACCUAUUCGAUCCUACAGAACUAUCUCCUCACCAAUAAAAACUAUAGUUCAAGGUGCCCAGUAUCCAGUCCAAGCCUCCCCCACCCUUCUGUCCUCUCCAGGCAAGAGUGCCCCUGAUCCAGUUUCACUUAAAGGCCUCACAGGGCUCUCAGCCAGGACAUCUCCUGUACCAUCUGGCGGAACCUUGCUGGAAAGAUCCUCCAUUGCUAUGACUCCUCCAGCCUCACCUAAGUCCUCACUAAACAUGUACAGCUCAAGUUUGCCAUAUAAGUCUGUCGUAACCUCAAACCCUCCAGCAACCUGCUCCCCCAUUAAAACUGUCCCGGGCUUCUCCUCUAUCAGAACCAGCACUGAUGCCUCUGCCAGAGGAUUUCUGUCAUCCCUCUCCUCACCAUUGAAAUCUGGCUCAGCCACUACAACCGCUGCGCUGAUCAAUGGGACGGUUUCCCCAACCAAAUAUCGCUCCUCCUCCCCAACAACCCAUCUUACCAGCACUCUGCAAGAAAGAAUUCAAGCCACAACAAAUGCAGCAACAACAAGUGUAAACGCUGCAUUUGAUGAAGUGGAAAAAACUUUUAAUUCCUGCUCUGCUGGCUAUGGCACACUAAAGUCAGUGUCCUCCACUCCCUCAUCCUCUUACCAGUCUAUCCGUUCUUCUGCAUCCAGCUCACUGUAUGCCUCCCUCAGAUCCCCUCAAAAUUCUACCACAUCUGUAACUUCCAGCACUAUUACAGUCCCUGUCUAUUCUGUCAUAAAUGUCUUACAAGAACACCAGUUUAAAAAGCUCCCUGAAGUCUCCAUGUCAACAGCUGCUCUCCUGUCCCCCAGAAAGGCCAUGCCCCAAGAGGUUAAUGCCCAGACUCAGUCCUCUUUUGCCAGAACUCUGUCUCCUGUCAAAACUCCAAUGCACAUGUCCCCAGGAACAAUAAAAGCUGCUACCUCUUCAUCCCCUCUGUCCAACAGCCAGGAGAUACUAAAAGAUGUGGCUGAAAUGAAGGAGGACUUGAUCAGAAUGUCUACAAUUUUGCAAACUGAUACAAAUUCAAGCUCCAAAGGUUAUCAUUCUGACUCUAAGGAACAUAAAGUUGAAGAUGAGGAGCCUUUCAAGAUUGUAGAGAAGGUCAAACAGGACCUUGUCAAAGUCAGUGAAAUUCUUAGCAAGGAUGUUUUGAGAGAGAGUAAGGCAAAUAUUAAAAACACCAAAAAAGAAUAUGUCCUAGAGGAUGACACAGAUGAUAAUCCACAAAAUGAAUGGAGAUGCCCACCUCGAUAUGAAACAUUAGCUCCUCAAGUCAAAACAAAACCAGUAUCUGAGAGAGAUUUUAACCUUGCUAAAGUUGUUGAUUACCUAACCAACGACAUUGGCACAAGUUCUCUUUCUAAAAUAGCAGAGGCUAAACAAAGAACUGAGGAAGCAAGGAGAGAAGGAGAGGAGAAACAAAAACGUGUCCUGAAACCAGCAAAGGCAUUACAGGAGCACAAGCUCAAAAUGCCUCCGACCAAUAUGCGCCCUUCACCUUCAGAAAAAGAACUAUCAAAGCUUGCCGAUGCAUUGUUUGGCCCUGAAAUAGCACUAGACUCUCCUGAUGACAUCUCCCAUGACCAAGACAAAAGUCCACUAUCAGACAGUGGGUUUGAAACUCGCAGUGAGAGAACUCCCUCUGCCCCCCAAAGUGCAGAAGGAAUGGGGCCCAAAGGCCUCUUUCAGGAAAUUCCUCCUGUCAUCACUGAAACACGAACUGAGGUUGUUCAUGUCAUAAGGAGCUAUGAGCCUCCAGAGGAUCCUAAGGAGCCAGCAUUGGAAGAUGCUAGAAUGACAAAGCCUCCACUGCGAUGUGCAGACACUGAGCCCCGAUCACCUGGCGGGUCCAUCAAAGAAAGAGUUAAAGCUUACCAAGCCAGAGUCAAUGCAGAGGAUGAUGUGAUGAGCAAAGGUAUGCGGGUCAAAGAGGAAACUCACAUAACAACAACUACAAGAAUGGUAUACCACAAACCCCCCAUUAAAGAAGUUGCAUCUGAGAGGAUGGAGGAGACCAUGUCUGUACGAGACAUAAUGAAGGCCUUCCAAUCUGGCAAGGAUCCAUCUAGAGAGUUAACAGGCCUGUUUGAGCACAAAAACAGCAGUGAAGGGGCAAAUCCAUCUGUUAGGCCUCUAGACCCAAUGCCCAAAGUCGAGCGCAUCAUUGAGGUUCACAUCGAGAAAGGCAACAAAGCUGAACCAACUGAAGUAAUUAUCAGAGAAACAAAAAAUCACCCUGAGAAGGAAAUGUACAUAUAUCAGGGCAAAAGUGGCAUGAAAGAACUGCAAAACAGAAUGGGCAGUGAGCAACAUGACAGCAUAGAACCUGAAGAAUCUCUUCCUUGUUAUCUGGACUCCAGAAUACACAUGCCUGUCUCUGUGGAGGAUGAUAAAACCUUGAAACUGCUUAGUCAGCAGUCAGUGGAGUACCAUGAUGAUGAAUCAUCUGAAACAAGGGGAGAAUCGUACAAAUUUGCAGAGAAAAUGCUCCUGUCAGAUAAAUUUGACUCUUCUCAUUCAGACUCAGACGAAUCUGUGAUUGACAGGUCUCGAUACUAUGGUGAGGGAACACAAGGUGGCUCAAUUAGAGAAUUCAUGCUAAAGCCUGAUAGGUCAGGUAGAUCAUCAGAAGAUGACAAUUAUGACAAACUCACUUUGCUGCAGUAUGCUUCUGAUCCUGAUAGUCCAAAAAAGUCUAUUUGGAUGAGAGUUUCUGAGGACGGGCAGAGUAAAAGCAGAGAGAAUCACAAAUAUGAGGACAGAGUAGACAGAACUGUCAAAGAGGCUGAGGAAAAACUUAGUGAAGUUUCACAAUUCUUUCGUGAUAAAACUGAAAAACUGAAUGAUGAGCUUCAGUCCCCUGAAAAGAAGCAUCGCAGACAAGAUGCAAGGGAGACUCGUUCUGGGCCCAGCUCAACACGUAGUAGCCCAGAGAGGUCAGUGCACAGGACUGGAGGUACUGGAGAGGACUGGAGUAGAGACAGGUUUAGGGAUAAGUAUGAUUCCCAUGACAGAAAAUGUGCCAGUCUACCAAGCAGUCCUGAAAGACGAGUCUUGCUUCGAUACAAUGAUGACCCGAAAAAGGGAGACAGCUCAUCUGCAAGCAGUGCAAGUGAAUCGUCGAAAUAUUUCCAGCCUUCAACAGCUAAGGUUAGCUCGGUAAGGAUGAAAUUUGAAUCAGAGGCCCAGAAACAAGAUAAAGGUCCACAAUGGGGACAAACUUCAGGAUCCCCAGUGAGGAAGCUGCAGGAAAGUAAGCUGCCUGUUUAUCAAGUUUUUGCAGGAGGUAAUCUCCCAAAGUCAACAGAGUCUUCAGAAAGUGAGAGAAGUCCUAAAAAAGAUAGUGAGGUUGGGCAAAGUUACAAUGUUCGGAAGGCUCAAGCACAUGCACAAAAUCAGCACAGUGAAAGACAGAGAAAUAGGUCAGAUAACUCUUCACCAAAACAUCACCAAAAUGUUUACAGUAAGGAGCAAAUUGCCAAUGAAGAGAGGAAAAUAUACAAAACAUGGGAAAACCAUGGCAAUGGGCAACUGAAAGGCCAAAAGACAAAGCUUACUCAUACUCUAGUGCAUGAUAGGCAAAAUGACGACUCACAGAAUGAGCAGCACUCAUUGAGAGAUGGAAACACCCCAAAAGAAGAAACAACUAAAAAGAUAAUUUACACAGAGCUUGUAAUUCGAGAAGACCCUAGUAAUGCUGAAAAAUGCAAUGGUGCUCUAAAAAAAAACUCGGAAUCACAAAUUCCUGUUAGGGUUUCAUCUAGUUUUAUAGGCCACCAUCAAAGUAGUACUUUAAAGUUAGAUUCCUCCAUUAAAUCUGAAAGAACAGGGUCUCACAUAGCCAGAAAUACACAGCACACAAAUUCCGGUGCUAGCAAAUCACCUAGUGAUGUGUCAUCUGUAGUGAACUCAGAUUCUAGCAGGCAGAUUGUUAAUAUAGUCUGUAAUGGUGUGGAUGAUAACCAAGUUGAGUAUAUUGAAGAAGUGACCCCGGGUGUCACUGCGGACAUUAAACCUCUUCCUGUGUAUGUCAGCAUUCAAGUAGGUAAACAGUAUGAGAAGGAAACUGCUACUGGACAGUUAAACACUUACAAAAAAGUUGUAAGCCAUGAGAGCAGGACAGUACAUGAAACACGAGGAGCGUUUUAUUCUGUCAAACAGAAACAGCCACCAUCUCCACAGGGAAGCCAUGAAGAUGACACGUUAGAGCAGGUUACAUUUAUGGACAGUUCAGGGAAGAGUCCGGUAACUCCUGAGACGCCUACCCCGGAGGAGGUUAGCUACGACCUGAACUCCAGAGCUCCUGAACCUGUCAUCGGUUCCAUGGCUGGCAUGCCUAGCCCAAUCCCAGAGGAGUCAGAGGAAGAGGAGCAGCCAAAGACCUUCAUUUUCAGAGAAGUAUCAGCAGAGAAAGCCAAGUCUGCCACUCAAACGUUAGAGCCUUCAAAAAGAAAACAAGACUCAAAUGGAAAAAGGUCAAAAGACAAACGCAUAGCUUACAUCGAGUUUCCACCACCACCACCUUUAGAAACUGAACAUGCUGACCCUGAAAAGAGGGUGUCAUGUCCUUCCUCAGAAGCAGAAACAGAGAUGAUAGAGGUGAACCUUCAAGAGGAACAUGACAGACAUCUCCUUGCAGAGCCAGUAAUCAGAGUCCAGCCUCCUUCCCCUCUUCCACCUGGAGCUGACAACAGUGACUCUAGUGAUGAUGAAUCUGUUUUUCAGCCUGCCCCCCUUAAGAAGUACACCUUCAAAAUGGCUGAGGAGUGUGAGAAAUGUGUUGAGCCUAGGAAACCAGAGAGAAACGGCUCACACCACAAGGAGUCAGGUAUCAAUGGCAUUGUCAAAGGAGAAGAGGUAGAAUGUGAACAGAAUGGAAAUGAUCAGUCUAUCACUGAUUGCUCAAUAGCAACAACUGCUGAAUUUUCCCAUGAUACAGAUGCCACUGAGAUAGAUUCUCUUGAUGGGUAUGACCUACAAGAUGAGGACGAUGGACUGAGUGACCCUAAAACAUCCAGCCUGUCGAAUGAGGGAAAAACAGGAGAUCGGUCUUUCAGCCAGAGCAAACUUGAAGUGAUUGAAGAGGAGAGCACACCAAAUGAGGAAACUGGGGAAAAGGCAAAAACAAAAAGGCCAUCUGGGAAAAAAUCAGACAAUGGGAAAGAGGAUAAAAUCUAUUCUUUGGAGGGAAGACACCCAGAUAGACAAGGUGUUGCAGACAAUUAUUUCAAGUACCAACUAGAGGAGGACAUAAACCCUACCUUUAAAACUGUGGCUACUAAAGGCUUGGAUUUUGAUCCAUGGUCUGGUAAAGUGGGAGAGGAGGGAGCUUUUGAUGCUAAGAACAAAGAUGAAGAUCCGAAGCCCUGUUCUUUGUCAGUUGAAGACAAAUCACAAGCAACCACGCCGGAUACCACUCCAGCAAGAACCCCAACAGAUGAGAGCACCCCAACUAGUGAGCCCAACCCUUUCCCCUUCCAUGAGGGCAAGAUGUUUGAGAUGACCCGCAGUGGUGCUAUUGACAUGAGCAAGAGGGACUUUGUUGAAGAGAGACUCCAGUUUUUCCAGAUUGGUGAGCAUACAUCAGAUGGGCAGUCAGGGGACAAGGGGAAAGGGGGCAGGAAUGCGGGGGUAGUCGCCUCUCACUCAAAGGCAGGGGAAAGAGCUGUAGAGGGAAAGGUAGAGGAAACCACUGAUUUAACACCAUCCAGAGGCAGCACAGUGCAAGGCAGUGCUGACUGCCUGGACCCACCUCCAUUCGCUGACACCACCUCAUGCACUGUCACAGCCUCCAAAGUCGACCCCAAAUUACGCACCCCCAUUAAGAUGGGCAUCGCAGCUUCCAUUACUGUAAAGAAAGACACUGGCUCAGCUGAACUGACUGAUGUUAAAACUGAGUCCUCAGACAGUCAGAUGCCGGAAUACAUUAGCUUGGAAUCUCAAUUAGCCGAAAGUCACUUUGAUAGCAGGCGCACUAACUCUUCCCCGACUGGCAGAAAAGAUUACCCAUCAGAAAACUACAAUAACAACAAUAAUUUAGAGGCCUCCAAUGUGCAGGCCAACUACAUCCAGUGUGGUAGUGUAGUGUUCAAUUUGCAGUCAUCUUCUGAACCCACCUUACAGAAAGCUAGUAGAAUAGAAGCUCAGUUCUGUAGGGAGUCUUUGGAGAAAGCAGAGAAAGCCAGUACUGAGAGUCCUCAGACUAAAGUAGUCUCAGAAAUUAGGCAGCCCAAGUCUAGGCUCCCAGUCAAGGCAGCAGGGUUCCGUUUUAACACACUCAGUUCAGGGAAGCAGAAGCCUAAACAGGUUGUGAGGCCAGAGGCAAGGAAAGUGGAUCCUGCAUCCAUAAUGCCUGAGCCCAAGUCUAGAAUACCUGUCAAGGACAUCAAAAGAAGUGGUGCAGCUAACUCAGCUGUCACAGCUCAAGUAGUUCCAAGGUCAAGUAAGCUCCCAGAGUCAGAGAGAUCAGUCAGACCAGUGGUUCCCUCUAGGCUGCCUUUCAAAGACAGUUCAUGUGGUUCUUCCGAGGCAGGUAGAGGCAACUUUAGCGAAGUGUGUAGGCAGUCAAUUGAGUUCUUAAAGAAUGUUAGCGGAGAAGCAAUAAAGGUGGCCGAACGACUUUCAGACGAGGAGAAACAGUCACAGGGAGAGCAGUCGCAAUCGGAGGAGGACAGCAGCACAUCACGAAGCACCUCACUAUCGGACCCCUCUCAGUCCCAGCCCUCCCUCUCCGCUGGCUCCUCCCGAGGGGUCACACCCUCCAGGACAAAGGUCACAAGGGCGGCGGGCAGUGAGAGGAGGAGGAGUAAGCGGACUGGAGGAGGGAAGGAGGGCAGUAAGAACGAAGGGGCUCGCAGGUCGCCCCCCGUCGCGGAGAUCAAGCCUAGUCCACAGAGUCCCUGUGAGAGAACAGACCUUCGCAUGGCCAUCGUUGCUGAUCACCUGGGACUGAGCUGGACAGAGCUGGCUCGUGAGAUGAAUUUUUCUGUUGAUGAGAUAAACCACAUCCGCACAGAGAACCCAAACUCUCUCACAGCCCAGAGCUUUAUGCUCCUUAAGAAGUGGGUCAUUCGGGAUGGGGAAAACGCCACAACGGAUGCACUGACGACUGUCCUGACAAAAGUGAACCGGAUGGAUAUUGUGACUCUGCUGGAAGGGCCCAUAUUUGACUAUGGUAACAUUUCAGGCACCAGAAGUUUUGCAGAUGAUAGCGCUGUGUGCCAGGAAAAGGCGGAUGACUCACUAUCCAGUUCUCUAUCGUCAUCUACUCCUCUUAAGUCUUUCUUCUCUCUCUCCUCUCUCUCUCCUUCUCCUGCUCUCAGCCUGUCACCUCCUAUUUCCGCACGUAGAAUUUGUCUCUCUCCCUCACCCUGCCCUUCUUCUCUUCCUUCUUUCUCUCCCUGUGCAUCACGUUCCCUGAGUCCUGCCUCCUUCUCCCCACCGCCCUCACCGUUGCCCCCUUGUGCAUGCUGUCAUUGCCCCUACAUGCCCCCAGGACCACCCCUCAUCACUCCAUCCCUCUGUCUCAACUCCUCUACUACUGAGCGCUUCAUCUGAACAGACGUCAUUAUCCUCAUUUUUACUUAGCCAGAUUUUGAGUCUCCCCAUACUAGUAGCAGCACACAUCUCGACUAUGACUGUAAAAUUAAGACUGCUUCUUAUUUGCACUUAUGCAACAUUUGUAAUGGUGUCUAACUAACCAACUAAAGUGACCCUUUAGAUUAGACAACACUAUUCACUAUUAACUAGGUGCAUAUUACUAGCAUAUUGGCUGUUUAUU